CACUUCAUCAACUUCCUCCUUUUACUCAUCCUUGUCCGUCUGCCUUUUUUCCAUCCCACAUCCCACAUCCCCAUUCUCCCACUCCCGGGGGAGGGACCAGCCCGAGGCACUUGCCUCCUCCGCAUCCAAUCUCUCCCCCGCAUGCCAAUUUCAGUCUCCCCGCCUGUCCACAACUUCGUGACUUUGCUUCUCCCUGCGGUUGCGUCUUUGCCAAGAAGGCUAAGCUGGGGACCCCAACCUCAGCCACCAAACGUAGCUAAAGUCGCGACUCCGGGUGAGUGGAUAUCAGCCUUAGGUGUGUCUCUCCUCUUGCUCGUGAGUGUUUCUCUGCGAAUGAACCGUCCAUGCCAGAUAACACCAAUGCUGCCGUGUCUGUACCAAAGUGCUUUGCAGACAGUAGUGGAACCAAAGCCAAUGCAUAGUACUCCGUAGUCCGUACCCGUACCGCCGUUGACAAAUUACUACUCUGUGUUGGUAGACGCCCAUCAACGAACCCCCGCCUACAUUCGCCCGCGAGUGCGUACGUAGCACGGCUUGUGCAUGCA